CUCUCUUUGUGGUGUCCCCUUGCCCAGAAACCUCCCUUCUCAACCCCCCCACCCCCUGCCCGAGGAACCGGGGGAGCGAUGGGCUGGGAGCGCUGAUAAGGAGCAGACGCCUGUGCUGCUGCUCCGCCUCCUGCCUUCCCCUCCCUGAGCUCGGAUGUGGCCAAGGGCAGGAAGUGGGGCCCGGGCAUCCCAUGGGGCAUCUGCGUGAUGCCAACCCUAAGCUCUGUUAAUACCCGCACCUCCGCAUCCAGCACCUCCCACCCCUCAGCUGCUCCUCUCCGCUGGGAUUUCACCCCUUUGCCUUCAUCUGCAGGAGCUCUCUGGAAGAGGGUUUGAUUGGAUCCAGUUACCUCAAAACCACACACAGGCUCAGGGUGUCUCCUCCACAGGACGGGCAAGGCAGGAUCAGCGCCAGCAGUGGUGGGGCACAGACGCCAUAGAGCCAAGCCAGGAUUACACCUGCUGAUGUGGGGGGACAUGGAUCCCUCCAAUGGCAGCCGGUUGGACGCCUGCUUUGGGGUGUUCAACACCAGCGACGGGCGCGACCCUGCGCAGAGCAGCAUCGCCUCGCCCUGGUUCUCCACCGCCUUCGGCCUCAUCGGCCUCGGCUCCAACCUCUUUGCCCUCUGCGUCCUGCUCAGCUCCUCCCGCAAGCUCUCCAGCCAGGCCCGCUCCUCCUUCCUCGUCUUCCUCUGCGGGCUGGUGGUCACGGACUUCAUGGGGCUGCUGGUGACGGCCUCGGUCAUCAUCCCCUACCACUUCAUCAAGUUCGCCUGGGCCAAGGUGGACCCCGGCUGCCACCUCUGCAACUUCCUUGGCUUUUCCAUGGUGUUCUUCGGGCAGUGCCCGCUGCUGCUGGGGGCCACCAUGGCAGGAGAGAGGUUCUUCGGCAUCAACCGCCCCUUCUCGCGCUCCACCAGCGUCUCGAAGCGCCGCGCCUGGUCCAUCGUGGGGCUGGUGUGGGGCUUCUCCUGCCUGCUGGGGCUGCUGCCGGUGCUGGGGCUGGGCCGGUACACGCUGCAGUACCCCGGCUCCUGGUGCUUCCUCACCCUCCUGCCUGACACCGGGGACAUCAUCUUCUGCCUGCUCUUCGCUCUGCUGGGCAUCUUCUCCGUGCUGCUGUCCUUUGUCUUCAACACGGUGAGCGUGGUGACGCUCUGCCGCGUCUACCACGACCGGGAGUCGGUGCAGCGGCGCCGCGACAGCGAGGUGGAGAUGAUGGUGCAGCUCGUGGGCAUCAUGGUCAUCGCCACCAUCUGCUGGAUGCCCCUUCUGAUCUUCAUCGUGCAGAUGGUGCUGCAGCAGCUGCCAGCCAAGGGCCAGCUCCAGACGCUGCCCACGGAGACGCAGAAGAUGCUGCUCAUCUACAUCCGCAUGGUCACCUGGAACCAGAUCCUGGACCCCUGGGUCUACAUCCUCUUCCGCCGGGCUGUGCUGCAGCGCAUCUACCCCGGGCUGCGGCCGCGGCCCUCCAUAGCCUCCCUCUACCCCGUGCUCAACCUCUCCCUGCGCCGCAAGCUCACCCCCGGCUCUGUCCUGCAGUAGUGGCCCCAUGUGGGAGCAGGAGAAGCAGCCUCCACCCCAGGGUACCCAACUGCCCCAUCACCCUCACCCACGGGUGCUCAUCACCACCCAGUACCCAAGGGGGGGCAGUGGGUGUGGGGCUGCUCCCCCACCU